AUGACAAAGAUAUUUUGGAAAAUCAUAAUAAUUUACAAAUUAAGAAAAAUAACCUUUGAGCUAUUAAUUUUAUUAUUAGCUUAAAAAAAAUAAGAAGGUCAAAUGAUUAUAUUACCAUUUAUUUUUAAAAUGGAAAUAAGAAUUAAUAAAAGUUUAUCCUAUCCUCAUGUUCCUUAUAAUGUUCAAGAAGAAUUAGAAAAGUUAUAGAAGAUGCCUGAAUCUAAUCAAAAAAUUAACCUGAUGAAUUGA